CGCAAGAGACCAAAGAUGGCAGAUCCAGAACGGGAAGGUAUCAUCAAACAGAUGACCUAGGAAGCAGGUAAACAGGGUGAAGACAGAAGCAUGGAUGUUGAACUCUAAUACAAGAAGACUGAUGAGAACACAGAGGCACCGAGAGAUUAAAUAUCUUGCCCAGAGUUCCUUGAGCUAGUCUUGCAGCAGAGCUGGGAUUUGAACUCAGAUAGUCUGGCUUCCUGCUCUUAAACCAGACCUGCCAUGUGCACCACCAGUGCCUGUGACCUGGAGGAGAUCCCCCUAGACGAUGACGACACAAACAGCAUAGAAUUCAAAAUCCUGGCCUUCUAUGCCAAGCACCAUGUCUUCAAGAACACCCCCGCUGUCUUCUCGCCAAAGCUGCCGAGAACGAGAAGUUUUUCCCAGAGAGGACUGGGGGGUUGGUCAGCCAAUGAGCCAUGGACACAGGUGUCGUGGCCUUGCAGAAAUUCCCCAUCCAGUGAGAAGCCCCUGAACCUGGCCAAGAAAAAGUCUUCCUGGAGAACACUCUUUGGAGUAAUAGAGAAGGAGGAAGAUUCCCAGAGCUCGCCUGAAGUCGUUUUGGAGGGGGCCACGGCAGAAUGUCAGGCUGGUCCUCGGAGUCAGCAGUGGUCCAGGUCCCUUACUACCGUGGAACAGCGCUCGGAGCAGGAAGCCGUGGACCCCAAAAUUGUUUCCAUUGCCCACCGCGUUGCUGAAAUUGUUUAUUCCUGGCCCCCGCCCGACGAGCUCCAGGCCCAGGGAGGAAGCUGCAAGUCCAAAGGGAGUUUUGUCCAUCAGUUCCUCCAAUUCCAGGGCCCGUGCUCCCAGCCUCGAGCCACCAGUACUAAGAAAGAUGGAGAAGACCAAAUAAUAGCCAGAAUCGUUGAGCUGCUGAAAUAUUCAGGGGAUCAGCUGGAGAGAGAGCUGAAGAAGGACAGGGCUUUAAAGAACAGCCUCCAGGACCAGCUGUCCUACCCUGUUUUCAAGACCAUCACGGACCACUUCUUAAGGGGUGUGGACACCAGGGGAGAAUCAGAGGUCAGAGCUCGGGGCUUUAAGGCUGCUCUCGCGAUAGAUGUCACGGCCAAGCUCACUGCCAUCGACAACCACCCCAUGAACAGGGUGCUGGGGUUUGGAACCAAGUACCUGAAGGACAACUUCUCGCCCUGGGUCCAGCAGCAGGGUGGAUGGGAAAAAGUACUUGGAAUAUCACAUGAAGAGGUAGACUGAUGCAUCAGAAGAGGUGUCAUCUGGAAUACUCAUUAUCCAAUUGGGAUUCUGUGUACAUUGGUCUCAGCAUAGAAUGUGGGAGAAAAUACAAAUGCGCAAGGCCAAGGGAGCAUUGAAGUUUCCCAAAUCGUUGUUCCUGUGAAUCCAGAGGCUUCAGGAGAGGCCUUGUCUGUCUCCAGCUCAUAGAAUGUAGUAACGUGGCCUGUGAUAUCCAUGUUUCUCAGGUCCUCCACUGAAUGUGGGAGGAAAUCUAGGAAGACAAGUGGUAAUUUUCCUUUCAAAUGUUCAGAACAGAAACUGUCAUCUUGCUUCUGUUGGCCACUGUAGGGAAAUUUUGUUACAGACAUUUGCUGAUUCCAUGAGGGCAAAAUGAUAAAUCGUGCACGUGCUUACUCUUUGGUUUCUAGUACUGUUUGUUUUUAAACUACUUUUGGGAUGGCCCAAUAAUGGCAUUGUUUCAAUGCCUACCUUUAGGAAGAUGUUGCUGUUCAUGGUGGUAGACAUAGUUCAAAGAGACUGGAGUUCGCUGCUGUACCUACUAGUUUGGGGAAAUACAGCCAUAUCUGCCUUUUGACUCCGUUCCCUAGAAAUAUUCUUUGGCAGUUUGAAAACUUGCAUUUGGCAGAAAAUAAUUACUCCUACCACCCUUCACAGUCUCAGUGACCCCUCUAUUUCUCAAGGUCUCUGAAACUUUCUUUGUUAUUUUUUUGUGGUAGUGUAAUAAUUUGUUACUGGUGAAAUAAAUAUGUGGAAAGACCACUGUCAAAAGAGUAUCUUGUCGUUAAAAUAAGUAAAAAGUUAUAGUACUAAGAUCUCUGUGAGGAUCAAAUGAGUUAAUUGAUAAAAAGCGCUUACAACAGUGCUUGGUAUUGAGUGCUGAGCAUUCACUUUUGUUCAAUAUUGUGUGCUGCCCUCAGCUAAGACGAACAUUUCCUCUCAGAGCAGUCACUGAUUGUUUUUCUGAAAUUAAUACUGUUCAGAAUGAGGUCUUACAGUAAGUGAAAUAUGUUCCACAAUUAUUUCACAAUUAUUUAAAACAACAAUUAUUAAAAAAAAAACAAUUUAAAAAAUACUGUCAAAUUAUAAUCUUAAAAAUUUCUGGAUCUGUUGCACCCAGGAUGUAGCCUGAUGUAAAACAGGUGUUUAAUAAACC